AUGUAUGGCAAAUUCAAGAGAUUGAAGCUCGCUUUCUCCAGCAGGGCACAACUCGUGAAAUUCCUUGAGACUGCCCCAGACGCCUCUGGCAAUCCGGAUACAGCCCGCAACAAAUGGCAGAACAAGGAUCUUGACAUUAGUCCGCCCAAAGACCGGACGUGGGCAUGGUAUGACUAUGCUGCUUUCUGGUGGUCAUACGGUUUCGCUCCUGGGUCAUGGUACAUCGCUGCUUCGCUACUGGCGGCGGGUUUGUCACCGGGCCACGCAUUGGGCUCUAUUUUCCUCGGUUACUUCUUCGGCGCAGUCGGAGUCGUCCUCCAUUCGCGUGGCCCAGCCAUGUACCACUUCGGUUUCCCUGUAGAGAGUCGUAUCGUAUGGGGCCUUCGAGGCGCAUACUUUCCUGUGAUCAUUCGGGCAAUGACCGCCCUGGUCUGGGCUGGAGUCACUAUUGCCCAAGGUGGAUACAAUACUGCGGUCUUGCUGCGUUGUAUUUUUGGGAACAGUUAUUGGACCUUGAAAAACACCAUCCCGGAGAGCUCAGAUAUCACCACAGUGCAACUGAUAGGCCUAUUCGGAUACUGCAUGGUGAAAGGCCGCGGAUAUCCUCAUCGAGACAUGUAUGAUAUUGAUCCUAAAAAAGAGGGUGGCAUUAUCCUGUCAGGCAUCAAUGCUGGCUUGGGGAAAACAACCACGUUGAUGGUUAACCAGCCAGACAUUGCGCGAUAUGCUCGAAGCAAGAUGGCACCCGUGUUAUCCCAGCUCAUCAUGUUUCCUCUGGCUAGCACCUGUUGCUCAGCCAUGGGUAUCUACGCCACACAGAGCAUCUACAAUGUUUGGGGGAACUUGGAUUGGAACCCAUGGACUCUGAACCACGAUAUGUUGGAUCACAAUUUCAGCCAUAGCUUCCGGGCAGGUAUCGCCAUCAUGAACCUUGUCUUCCUCUAUGCCAAUGCCAUUACGGAACAAGGGGCAAAUGUCAUUCCAUUUGGGGCAGAUUUUAUGUCGCUUUUCCCCAGAUGGCUCAACAUCAGGAGGGCCAUGUGGCUCUGUUAUGUUCUUGCCAUCUGUAUUUGUCCGUGGUAUAUCCUUGCGUCGGCCUCGGGCUUCCUCCGGUUCUUGAACGGCUACAUUCGGAAGGGUAACGUUUUCGUUCACGACUUGUUCAAAGAGAAAGGCCGCUACUGGUAUUCCCACGGUGUGGCAUGGAGGCCUUUUGUCACAUAUGUCUUGUCUGUGGCGUUUGUACUUCCGGGAUUUGUUGCUACUUUUGGCUAUAGAAUUGCUGGAGGUGCUGGCUGGACUCACUUGUAUGAUUUCAGUUGGUUCUAUAUCUGCGUUGUGAGCAGUGUCGUGUAUUUUGUUUUGUCAUAUGUGGGUGACUAUGCAAAAGAAGAAAAGGCGAUGUCUUACGAGAGCUUGGCAUCCAUUGCUGAAGAAUUAUAUGGCGAAGAGCAGCAGAGAACCACUGUAUUGGAGGUGAACCUGCAUGUUGAAGGAAAGGAUCCGGCCAAUGUUGUAUAA